AUGUCCUCAAAACCACUUCAAAAUUUUCCCAAGGUAUUCAAACGAGACCCUUUCCAUACUUUAGAUCCCUGCAGCCCGAGUCAUCUUGCAAAUGACAUGGCAUUGUCGGUGUUAGAGAAGAAGUUCGACGAUUUAGAGCCACUCGCUCGAUCUCACAGCAGUGGAAUUGAAGAUGGAAUUGCAAAUAACGAUCUGUCUGAGGUAGGGGUCUACUACUCACGACUAACUCUAAGGUUUUCAUAA